GUGCUAAGUGACCCCUCAUCCCUGCUUCCUCUUUUGCCGGUGCAAAGCAGAAGCUGAAAGCUUUAAAAGAGUACCACUUCCACCUGCGUCGUCUUCUACAGCAGCAGACACGGCUGGCAGCAUGGAAAGCAAGGACUCUCUGGUUAGAGGAGGCGUGCUCAUCGUCCAUGAUAUCCAUGAAGGAAAGCAUCAAUAUGAAGUGGAAAAUGUGGUGAAGAGCAGAAAAGGAGAAAAAAUGUUUGUCAGUAGAGGAGACAAACUGAUGCAGAUAAACGGCGUGGACCUGCAGGAUCUCACACCUGAUGAGUUAGCACAAAUGUUGGCUGAAGGAAAUCCAAUGCUGACGGUGCACAAGACUGGCAAUACAAAGAAGCACACGCCACAGCCCUCACCGGAUGAGGAAAUUUUACGUCCUGUCUCCAAAGAAACCAUAACACUCAGUUUCUGCAUGGAGAUGAAGAGGGAGGAAGAUUUGCAGGAGAAUGGAGCGGGGCAGGAGGAGAAUGGAGCGGGGCAGGAGGAGAAUGGAGCUGGGCAGGAGGAGAAUGGAGCGGGGCAGGAGGAGAAUGGAGCUGGGCAGGAGGAGAAUGGAGCAGGGCAGGAUGGUGGAGGAGGAGGGGAGAAUGGGGACUUAGAAGUGGAUGGCUGCCCAGCUAAAAACAAGGCCAGUGGGAAGGAAGGAGAUCUGCUCGUCAUUUCCAUGGUGAAGACCACCAUAUCUGUGGUGAAAGGGCGGAGCUGUGACAGUGACAGUCCCUGUGGGGGGUGUAACGGGACAGGAUGCAUAUAUAAUGAUGUGGUGGUGGUGUCUGAGUCCAGUCGGGUGGUGCUCGGAUCAAAUGUCCCAGGAUUAUGUGGCUGUAGCAAACCUGAAUCACCGCGAGUGACAUGCCUUCAGGUGAAACUAGUGCCCAGAGGAAGCGGCUCAGGUUUAAAGCAGGCAAAACAUGCAGACUGGACGGUCAGACACGCCCCCUCUCACCUGUACCUACGAGGUCUCUGUUUGCAGAACACCGUCCACACUUCACCGAAUCCAGAGAAAAUCACCAUCUACUCGUACAAGUCAACAUACAUGAACUGGUUCAUGAAGGGAAAGCCUGUUGUCCUGAACUUUACCGGCUCAAACUGCUUCCUUCGAUGCUGCAAGGAAGGAGAGAGGGUGCUGCUACGGUCAGAGACUUAUGAAAAGCAGAGGCUGAAGCAAAUCUCCAGGAGCGACGAGAACACCCUCUCCUUCGUCUUCUUCAUGAAAUCUGACAGCACGUAUCGAAAGUUUGAGUCAGCGCUGCAUCAAGGCUGGUUCAUCCAAAUCGUCAACUCACAGUCAGUGACAAUGGCGAGACGAGAUGGAGAGAGUGAAGACCAGUCGUUCUUCUUCAUCAUUCAGAAAUCGGCGUGACGAAGUCACUUCCUUCAGGAGGAUUUCCAGCUCUCAGUCAAGUCAGGUAAAAAUAAAAGCAGGUGCUGUAUGAGCCCAGUUAAAUUGAGUCAACUCUUGUAAACAUGUUCUCUUUAAAAAGACUCAAUAAUGGAUACUGAAGACUAGAGUCAAACUUCAUUGUUCAGUGAAGUAAACUAAAUGACAAGCAUUUUAUAAUACUAAGAAUUAUGUCAGAUCAAGUUUUUAUCAUAUAUUCCUUACUUUUUUAAAGCUACAAGUUUAAAAAAUCAAAAGGUUACAGAGUUAAAGAGAGUAAACUUAACAUCAGAGUGAAUACAUGAAUCCCAGGAAGAUAAAAAGGACUAUAAGCUAUUUACUUCAUCAUGUGACUAUUACUGAUCAUGUGACUGGUUUUAAAUCUUUAAAGGGCAGCUCAGUGGCUUUAUGAAGGCCUGUGCAGCUGAAACUUGUUUGCAUGUUUUUGAGUCUGUAGUCCUGAUUAAAUAAAGUUUUUUAAUGAACUGAA